AAUGAAUAAAGUACUCAUCGCCUCAAUUCUACUUAUUGGAGUUUUGGGAUAAUAAUCACCACCUUUAGAUUGCACAUAUUUAAGUUGUUUAGCAACUGGUGCUUUGAAAGUUGGUCAAUCCACUCGUCAAGCAUACUAAUGCAUGAAUGGUAUUAUUCUAUAUUAAAUAAAAGGUUACUAUUGGGCUGGGCAAUCAUGCUAACCAUGUCAACCAAUAGAGGGAGGUUAUUAUCAGUGUUCAGAUUAUUACUCAACUGGAUCUUUAACUUGUAGUCCAGGAUGGACAUAGCUAAAUGGGUAGUGAAUUUUCAUAUACAUUUAGAAUAUGUGUGAAUAUGCCAAAUGGAUGUUUGAGUUAUUCAUUAAACACAGAAGCAAACGCAUAUGUGUGUGGUAAAUGUGACUCAGGUUUCAGUUUGAUUGCUGGAGUAUGUGUUGAGAAUUAAGCCUGCUCAGUAUAUAGUAGUACUCGAUAUGUAUGUUCUCAAUGUAAAGCUGGAUAUUUCUUAAAUUGGGAUUAUAUUCCCUCAGUAUCAAGCUCAUCAGACUAAUACUACAAUUAUUUCGAUGGUUUUUGCAGUCCAUGUGGUAUUGCAGGAUGUUAAAAUUGUCCAUCAUUGUAUUAAUUAAAUAUUAUUAUAUAGAAACACUUGCACAUAAUGUGUUGGUGGAUACUUCUGGUCAUUCAGUGGAUUGACAACAGGAUCAACAACAGAUGGAUCUGGAACAUGUUAAAGAUGUUUAGAUUAUUGUACAAGUUGCACUAAUGGUUCAAAUUGUUCUUCAUGUUUAGAUGGUUACUAUCUUAGUACAAUUAAUGGUGUAACAGUAAAAAUAAAAAAAUAUUUAAUUUUAGACUUGUGCAUCAUGUUUACCAAGUCUUACUUGUAUAAAAUGUUCAAAUGGAACAUCAUGUUCAGCAUGUGCAAGUGGAUAUGUAUUGAUAGGUUCAACAACUUGUUAAAAAUUACCUGAUGGCUGCACUUAAAUGGAUAAUAAUUAAAAUUGUACAUCUUGUAUUAGUACAUAUGUUUUAAAUACUUAAACUCCAAAAACUUGUACUCCAUGUGGUAAUGGAUGUGCAUCAUGUACAAUUAAUAGUACUACUGUUUCAUGUACAAAAUGCUAAGAAUUUUAUUAUGGAAUAAAGGAUAGUAAUGGUGUAGUAAGUUGUUCAGCUUGUAAUUCAUAUCCAUAAUCAACUGGAUGGUUAAGAUGUGGAGGUCCAAAUGAUACUCCUUCAUAUUCAACAGUUUAAGUUACUUAAUGUGUAGAUGGAUACUUUUUAGUCAAUAUUACUACAAAUAAUAUUUCUACUCCAACAUGUAUAGCUGCUGUACAAAUACAGGCAUGUUUAACCUUGACUAACACAUCUACUAAUACAAAUAAUGUUUGUGCCACAUGUGUUAAAAAUUUCAAUUCAUAUGAAGGUGGAUCUUGUUUAUCUUGUCCUCCUUAAGCUGGAGCAAAAGUAUAACUCUCUGCAUAAUGUAAUAAAUGUAAUGGAUCAUCUUCUACUGAAAUUACAUGUUCUGGAUGCUCAUAAAAAUAUUUCUUAUAAGCAGCAAGUGCAGCUUCUACUGCAACUUGUGCAACAUGUUCUGCAAGUGGUGGUUGUUUAGAAUGUUCUUCCAAUACUAAUUGUACUAAAUGCAAUAUUGGUUAUUACUUAUAAGGAGCAACCUGUUAACCAUGUUAAACUAAUUGUGCAUCAUGUGACAAUUCAACAGUAAUUUUAUAUUUAAUUUUUAGUCUUGUAAAGCAUGUAUGGAUGGUUACUUCCCUUAUUCUGGUAUUAAGACUGCAUAAGCAGUAUGUGUUGCUUGUUAAUUUGGUUGCGCAACAUGUGCAUCACCUGGAUAAGUUUGUUUAACCUGUAUUGAUGGAUAUGUCUUCUAAUAAGGAGGUUGUGUUCCUCUUAAUUAAGCAAAUUGUGCUGUAAAAUUGAAUUCAACAAUUGCAACUGAUAAACCUUAUUCAUCUUCUGGAUGUUCUAUUUGCAAAUAUGGAUUCCAUAUGAUCUAAAAUCGUUGCUUCUAAUCAGUCUAACCUUAUGCUGGAGUAUUUAUUAUAUAUAUAUUUUUAUAGUAUGCGUAUGGAUAAACAACUAAUGUAACUACUGACUUGAACUACAAAAAUGACACUAUUACAUAUGCUCAACUAUUAGUGGCUAGUUUUAUCAUGUUAGUUUUCACAUUAUGAUC